AUGGCGCCUCCUCGCCAACGAAAGCAUGUGAAUCCACCUGUGCAGCUUGUUGGCCCGCAGCCUGCGGCUGGCAUCAACAUGAGUUUUUGUCCGACCAAUAGCCGCGACGCAUCAACAUUUAUCCAGUCAACCUUAACUGUGAUAGAGUAUGCAAUUGUAAAAACACCUUUGAUGACUCUGAUCAUUACAAGUUUCUUGUUCAGCUUCACGAGGAUAUGCCAUGAUUUUCCUUUCAACUCCGUCAUGUACUUCUUUCAUCCCUUGAUUCUGUACGUGGUCGUAUUCUACAGCGAACUAGUGGGGAAGUGGCGACGAUUUAGAAAAUCAUUUGGAGAAUGGUGUCGUGGCGACAUUGAUAUUGCUCAGUGGAUUAAGGAUAUUGUUCCUGAUGGUAGUGUCAAUCUUUUCUUGCAGUACAAAACGUCAUUGGGCGUACCGCAAAAAGUGUUAGUGGAUGAGGCGUGGGAAUCUGAGUUGUGUAUCGUCGUAGCCUUGACUGCCUUUUCGCUCUAUAUCACGUAUCUGAUGCCACUUAAUUACUUGGAUCUGUUGCACAGAAGUGCCGUACAUUUGGGAACAUGGGACCAGAUCGAAGGUCCAAAAAUUGGACAAACAGGACAGGCGAAGUAUGCUCUACUGGAUCGUUUAAUUACCUUACUUCCUUAUCAAUGCUCACAACGGCUUAUUUCCAGCUGGGCUCCAAUGCCGUGGGUAGCGCAGUGUCUUUAUUCGGAUGGUGAAACGGUGCAGUUACCAGACGGACGAUGCUACCGAGCUCGUGGCUCAUCUGCACUUAAGACGGUCGCUGCAGAGCCGGGAUGUCCUGAACAUGACAAGUUCUUUAUGCUGUGCGGGCGCCCAUGCACCCUUAUCAACGGCAUGUGCAUUUUUGAAGGUGCUCUAAUUGUGACACAGUUCUGGAUGCUUGUACUGACAACUGACUGGCAACACAUCGUCACCUUAGUAUUGCUGAUGUUCGCUAACUAUUUACUGCUUGCAAAGCUGUUCAAGGAUAAAGAUCUGUCCGUAGCAUCUAAAGUUGCUUUCAAGUGCGUUCACUGCUGUUACAUUUGUGUACCUAGGAGCAAUCUAAUGGAAGGUGUACCUCCGUUGUCGUGGAUCGCUCAUCCGGUACGAGUUCAACUCGUCACUGGAGGAACUGAUCAAUCUGUCGACGGGAAUCUCUAUACAGUAGAUCCAGUGACAGGAAGCCUGGUUAUAGUACGAUUCCGCAACGAAAAGCCUUGCCAGGUGUCCUGGAUACCUCGUGAAGGCUACAUCUCAGUUAGCAUGAUUGAGGAAUCGUCUCCUCACUGUCAGCAGUACAGCGUUGAGCUGGCUGACAUGAUGAGUAACAUACGCAAGCGGCUUCUAUCAUGGUUACGGGCCAACCAUGUGGACGUUAAGGAAUGCGAUGAUGGUUCCUUGCUGAUUUUCGGAGCCGCUCGUAUCCAGUCGCGUUCACUGAGGACAGUUGCUAUUGUGAUAGUUCUAUUGUUCUGA